UGGGCCAGCUACUCUCGUAUUGAACUAAGAGGCAAGCUAGAGCCUUUACACUAAUUUGUCUGUUGCAAAGAGCGUUUUACAAGCGUGGUAAUUAACUCUGUCAUUCAAUAAUCGAUAUGGCUGAUGAUGAAGAUGACUACAUGUCCGACGCGUUCCUGGAACAGACAAAGGAAGUGAGACCAGGUGUACCUAUGUUGAAACGGGUGAAGGAAGCAUUUAAGAGAGAAGAUCUGCAUAAGGAGAAAAACCUGAAGAACCGACAGAAGACCUACAAGGAGCAGGAAAAGGAGAGCCGAGAGGCUGCACUGCACAGCUCCAUCAGCAAUGAAAACAAAGGUUUUGCACUGCUGCAGAAGAUGGGCUACAAGGCAGGCCAAGGCCUUGGGAAAGAAGGGGCAGGAAGAGUUGAACCAAUUCCUCUGAAUAUCAAAACAGACAGAGGAGGCAUUGGAAUGGAGGAAGUCAAGAAGAGAAAGGCUGAGGAGAAGCUUGAGCACUACAGACAAAAAGUGAAGGUUCAAAAGCAGGCUGAGAAGCAGUCGGUUGAGGACUUCAGAACCAGGAUGAGAACAGAGAGGGAGGAACGUCAGGCUGAGGGAGACCUCCGGAGAAGCCAACGCGCCUGCGAGCAGCUGGACAGCCAGAGGGGCAUCACUGUUCCAAGGGAGGGCUGGUAUUGGCCAGUGACUGAACAGGACAAAGAGGAGGAUGAUGAAGAGGCUGAAGACAAUAAAGAGGAAGAUGAAGGAGAGGAACUUAGUCCACUGGACAAGUUGCAUAUUCUGACAUCAUAUUUAAGAGGUGUGCAUUUUUACUGCAUAUGGUGUGGGACCACAUACAAUGAUGAGGAGGAUUUGACAUCAAACUGUCCUGGUGACACAGCUGCAGACCACGACUGAGCAAGAAUUAUCACAAACACUUCCUUCAGACGGACGCAGCAGAUGCUGCAGAAUAUCAUGGAGAACAUGUACCUGGGACUAGAGAAACUUGACUUUUGAAAGUGAUGCGGAGACCCUUGUGAAUGAAAAGGAGGCAUUCACAACUGCAAGAAUUCACAAUUAACCACUGUCAAAGUUUAAUCAACUUGUAUAAAAAUAAAAAUUGGAUUUUCCUUGUGAAAAUGGAUAUCUAAAGGGCAGCACAAUGAAGGUUAGCAUCUGCAAUAAAUCCCCAUGCUAAGAACAAUAAUGUCCUGUAAGGGUACAGUAGAGAUCAAUCUGAUGAUCUCAACUCUUUGCAUAUAUGGUGUUUGAACCUGUUGUUGUUUCUUCGAGGUUUCUGAAAAGGACACUGGGAUGAAGUUGUUGUUGCUGUGAUAUCGUGUAUGCAGGAUAUUCAAGCUUGAAUAUUCUUUCACAUAUGUACCAGCAUUUAUUAUGUUUUUACCAUUGAAAAAUUCGACUGAAAA